AUAUUGUUGGCAACAAUCAUCAUGUUGAUGAUGAGUGUGCAAUUGAGUGAGGCCAAAACUCGCACUCGUACUAGACCAUUGGACCCAGCUUGUACUCCACCAGACUUGGAAAGACUGAGCCUUUAUAUCAACAACACUGUGGCUUCUUAUGGCUAUUGCGAGGGCACUGAAUGGGCUUUCUCCAACUUCUCCACGAGCAACCCUACAGGCAUUCAAUCAGAGACGUCAACUAUAAGCAUGCAGACCGCCUCCACGAUCAAGCUGUGGAUCCUGAUGGCCGUGCUCCAGGACAUCAACUACGGACUCUACACACUCGACUCGGUCGUUGAGUACUGCUCGGGCGAGUCCAACGCCACGGUCAACGACUGCCUUGAGCUGAUGAUCGGUAUCUCGGACAAUUGUGCCACCUACACCAUGGCCGCCAAGACUGGCCUGCCCCACGUCAACAAACUGUUCGCCCAGCUUGGCAUGAAGGACAGUGGCUUCCACGAGUGGUGCUUCACAGACUGCCCCGGCUACACUUCGCCGUGCCCCAACGACGACGGUACCAACCUGGACAAUGUGUUGUCCUCACACGAUGUCAUCUUGGGACUCACCCAACUGCACAACUUCUCGGCGAUCGGACAGAACGCCACGUACCAGGCCUACAAGUACCUGUUGACCGCACACGGAUGGCAACCAAUGAUUGGCUACUACAUCCCUUCGCCAGUGGCUCACAAGCAGGGCUGGCUACCCGCCGACGAGGGCUUCCAGCCAUUCACAGAGAACGAUGAAGCUAUCGUAUUCUCAGAGUGUGGUGACUUUGCCGCGUCCGUGAUGAUCACUCGCAACUGGACCCAGCCCACUGAGGACAAUGUAGCUCUUGCUCUUGGUGCCGAGAUUGGACGUUUGGCCUACUGCACCAUGGUGCCAUUCGGUGUUGCCAAUGAUGGUGUGCCAUGUUCCACCACCUGGUCCACGCCACCACCUUCCAACGAUGGA